AUGCGCCGGCUGGCAGACUUCAAAGUUUCGGGGGAGGGUCCUGAAAAGUGCCUGGACUUACUGCGCACCAUGCGGGAGAGGUGUGUGGCAGUCGACAGAAUGCACUGCACGGCGGCUUUGUCUGCUUGCACCUUACCAGCCUCCUGGCCAUUCGCCGUCGAAAUGCUGGGGAUGGUGCAGGCAGCUCAGAUCAAGGCAGACGUGGUCUUGUACAGCAGCGCAAUCAGCGUGCUGAGCCGGGCAAGGUGGCAGCUUGCUGCACAGCUCUUCUGGAACCUCAGGGCCAUGCGAGUUGCCAGCGACAUCACGGCUGUCACAGCCGCCUUGCAUGCGUACUCCACUGGGACUCGCUGGGAGGCUUGUGCCUGGCUCUUAAGCCACACGAGCCACUUGGAUUCUGUGGCCUGUACCACGGCAGUCAGCUCGUGCGAGAAGGCUCAGCGCUGGGAGAUGGCCCUGGGCUUCUUCGCCACUGCCGUGGCUCAAGGGAUCCACAGGGAUGCGGCCAUGUACAACGCCACCAUUGCCUGCUCUUCUCAGGGCGGGUUGGGAUGGCUUGGAAUACUUCAGCUACUGCAUGAGAUGACACAAGAGAGUAUCCAGAAAUCCACCACCACCUGCAACUCUGUGCUCACAGCUUUCGAGAGGGCGGGUUGCUGGGAGCAAGCGCUGGCGUUCUUCAGGGAGAUGCCUGGGUUCUCCCUUGUCCCAGACCUGAUCUCAUACAACGCAACGAUGACGUCCUUUGAGAAGGCGAGCCGAUGGGAAGAAGUCCUCUCUCUUCUGGUGGAGGCCAAAUCUCGUAGAAUGGGAGAUGGCAUCAGCUACAACUGCUGCAUCGCUGCCUGUCAGAAGGCCUUGAACUGGCUCCACGCGCUUGCUCUGCUAGCGGAGAUGAGGGGCUCCCUGGCAAGGCCGGACGCCAUCGCCUACAACAGCGCGAUCCUGGCUUCCUCUGGCAUUUCUCGCUGGGAAACCAUGCUGGCCUUGCUGCUUGAGUGUCUCGCCAGUGGGGUGACAGCUGACAUGCAGAGUUGGGCUGCAUGCCUCGCCGAAUGUGAGAUCCAGCCGGCACGAGAAGGAGAGAAGAUCCUCCUGAAGCAUUUGGUGAAGUACCUGGGCCGAAGUUCGGUACAGGUUCGGCCCCUGAGGAGCCCAACUCCAGAGAAGAUCACUAGGGUUUAG